AGUUAAUUAAUUCACUCUUGAAUCGUGAUCAAGCCGGUUAAAAUUUAACAACAUUUAUUAUUUAUUGGUACUCGGUAUUCGGUUGACCUAUUAAACAGUAAUCCAACAGGAUGGCUAAACAUCAUCCAGACUUGAUAUUCUGUCGUAAGCAACCCGGCGUUGCUAUAGGACGAUUAUGUGAAAAAUGUGAUGGUAAAUGUGUAAUCUGUGAUUCAUAUGUCAGGCCAUGUACAUUAGUGCGCAUAUGUGAUGAGUGCAAUUAUGGUUCAUACCAGGGUCGAUGUGUUAUAUGUGGUGGACCUGGAGUAUCGGAUGCAUAUUAUUGUAAGGAAUGUACAGUUCAAGAAAAAGAUCGAGACGGAUGCCCAAAAAUUGUAAAUUUGGGAAGUUCAAAAACAGAUCUAUUUUACGAACGGAAAAAAUAUGGGUUCAAACGAAGAUAGAACUAUUGUAUUUUUGUCAUUUGUAUUUUUAAUAAUGUAUGCUACUAUUUUAGAUUAACUUUUAAAAUAAUUAAAAAAUUAAUUUCA